CCGGGCCGUCCCCCUUCUGCCGGGCGAGCCGCCAUGGUCUUCCUGCAGCGCUGCGUGGGCCGGAGCUGCCGCCUGUUGCUGCCGUCGGGGCAGCGGGGCGCGGGCAGCCUCGGGGCGUUGGGGGCUCUGCCUUGCGAUCGCCUCCCCGGGGGGCGGCUGUACAGCGCGGGUGUCCCUGGGCUGCAGGAACGGACGCUGAUAGCCGUGAAGCCGGAUGGGGUGCAGAGGAGGCUGGUGGGUGAUGUGAUCAAACGCUUUGAGAAACGCGGAUUCAAGCUUGUGGGUCUCAAGUUGCUCCAGGCCAAUGAAGGCAUCCUGGCAGAACACUACCACGAACUGCGCCGAAAGCCAUUCUAUCACGAGCUGAUCAAGUACAUGACCUCCGGGCCUGUGGUUGCCAUGGUCUGGGAAGGCUACAACGUUGUCAAAACCUCCAGGGCUAUGGUGGGGGAGACAAAUCCCACAGAAGCCAAGGCAGGCACCGUCCGGGGAGACUUCAGCGUCCACGUCAGCAGGAAUGUUGUCCACGCCAGCGACUCCCUGGAGACAGCCCAGAGAGAGAUCAGCCUUUGGUUUCGCAGCAAUGAGCUGAUAGACUGGGAUUGUUGCGAUCAGAAAAUCCUGUAUGAACACUGAGGGCCUGGCUUGGUCCACACCCCAGCACGGGGCCUACUACCUCUGCCCAUGGACUGUCUUUCUGAAGCGAUCCACGUUCCGGCCUGUGUACCGCAGGCUUUGAUGGUGUGUGUUUGGGGGAGGGCGGGAUUAUUGCACUUCAACCACUUUGGCUUUCCUCGGGAGGGGAGAAAGGAGCAGGCACCCCUUUGCACAGGCCACACCUUGCUCUCUGCACCCCAGUGCUACUUGAUUCGAGAGAUUUACAUCCGUGGCAGAAAAGUCAUGGAAUACGGGCCUCACAUUAAAAAAAAAAACC